CUUUCUUGGCAUUUUGUCAGUGUCAGUUCCAGGAAAUCAGGACAAUAUGACAAACAUUAUCAACCACAUCUCAAGAUAUUCAGUGAGCGCGCUAUAAUCAGCCAAUAAACGUCGCUUCGCUUACGAUGCAAAAAAAAAAAACCUACAUAGCCAAGUCUUGGCUUUUUGAGAGUGUAUAUAUACACAGCGUACAGCAGAGAGGGAAUCAAGUACCUCAGGCCUUCAAACAAGCAAAGUCUAGAGAAAUCCAAGCAGACAGACAACAUGAUGAAGACUAUUCUACUGCUCGCUGUCGCUGUAGUCGUCUCCGGUGCUCCUGCGAAAGAAGAAAAGACUUCUGUGAAAGAAGAAAAGACUUUAUUGGGAGAGCUUUUGCGUAAUCUUGGCGCCGCAAUCAAAAACCUCCCAGUGGAGCACAAGGGGAAAGAAAUCUUCCUGGAAGACCUGAAAAUGGAUGUCACGUGCUCUGAGGAUGUGUUCUGCAAGGCUGAGCGAGAACUGAAGAAGGUUUCUGGGCUCAAUAAAUAUGAUGAUUUCCGUACUGACAAGACACUAAUGAGGGAUUUACAUAUGUAUAACAAUGGGACCACCUGCGAUGACAAACCUGCUGAUAAAGACUCAGUUCAAGUCAUCCUGCAUGACUUCUUGAAAAGCCUCAGGAAAUGUGCCCAGAGUGCAUACAGCAAAAAAUAAUUUAUAAAAGAUCGUAUUUAUUUUUUUUUGUCUUCAUUAACAUAUUAGUUUGUUUACAUUGACUGUAGCUGUAGUCUAUAUAAUUCUGUACCUGAAGAAAAUUUGCAAAAAUGUAUUUAUCAUUCUUAAAUAAAUUAUGUUCUGAUGUAUUUUGUAAAGUACAGAUUUUGUGCAGUAUUUCUUUCAGUGGUUUAAAAAUGUCUAUCUUUUUUACUUGCACUGAAACAUCAAUUUAUAGAGCAUUACUGAGGUGUU